AUGAGACCAUCUUUGCCCUCCAGCUUCGUCACCUCCAGCAGGCUCAAGACCAAGUCCAAGGCUGCCUCCACAACCACCAGCACUACAACUACUACAACGACUCCGACAACGACGGCGACACUCAACCGGCUACCUCACUACCGUUUCUUCUUCAACAAUGUCCGUCCUCAACUGACAGACGACCAGCUCGUAAUGAUGAGACGCCAGCACCCCGUCCGGAUGCCCUUCGAGGCUGGCGACGGCCCUGUUGGCAUACCAGAAGGACCUGGCAUCGGCGGCGGCGGCGGCAGUGAUGGCACCGGCAAGGGCAUCCUGAUCGGCCUGCUCUCUGCCUUUGGGUCUGCCGGGAUCGCCAUUCUCGUCCUCGCGAUCUUCUUCUUCUUCAGAUAUACCCAGCGAGGCCGCAUCCUGCUGGACCGCUUCGGCAGGCCGGGCGAGUACGACGACGAGCAGGAGUUUGCCAGAGAGGAGGCAGAGGCCCUCGAGUCCAUGGAUGAGUUACAGGCCGCUGAAUACUUUAGAGCAAAGGCGUUCGUGCAAGCGAACCCCCCGGAGACAAUGCAGACGGAUAUAUCGCUUUCCCAGUUCCUGGCGAUUCAGGAAAAAGGAGUGUCUGCGUGGGAGUUUGAGCCGGAGCUGGAGAUUGCCAACUGUUUUGUCGAGGGACGCACCGAGAUCGAGUUCUUCGACUCCGAGUGUGGCGUCCAGAGCAACCUGCCCGUCCCCAAGCAAAACGACGUCUACUACUGGGAAGCGAAGAUCUACGACAAGCCGGAGACCACCCUCAUCAGCAUCGGCAUGACUACGAAGCCUUAUCCUCUCUUCAGGCUACCAGGUUUCCACAAGUCAUCCGUUGCAUACCAGUCUACCGGCCACAGGAGACACAACCAGCCCUUCAAACCUACGCCCUACGCACCAGCUUACGUCCAAGGUGACGUCGUUGGAGUCGGCUACCGGCCUCGCAGCGGAACCAUCUUCUUCACCCGCAAUGGCAAGAAGCUAGACGACGUCGUCCACGGCCUUCGAUCGCAGAACUUCUUCCCUACCGUCGGUGCCAAUGGUCCAGCCACCGUCCACGUCAACUUUGGCCAGAUGGGCUUCGUCUUCAUCGAAGCCAACGUCAAGAAGUGGGGUCUCGCCCCAACGACGGGCAGCCUGGCCCCUCCGCCACCCUACGGAAGCGAACAAGGAAGUAUCCUGCUCGAAGCGGGAGGAGAGAGCUCCUCGGGAGCUGCGGCGGCGGCAGCAGCAGCAACAGGACAGGAUCCCAGCCAGGCACAGGUGCAGGCAGCAGCUCAGCGUGCGGCGCAGCAGUGGUGGCACCCUGAGUACAUCCAGCACCACGCCCAGCAUGCCCACCAGGUACAACAGCACCAGCGCCAGCAGUCGCAGAUACAUGCACGAGCCCGCAGCGGGACGCUUCGAGGACACCUGCAUGCCUCCUCUGGCCAGGCUCCCACCGCACCCGUCAGGACGCCAACCGAUAUAUCCCUUGGUCCCUUGCCACACGUUGCCUCUGCCUCUACCCCGGACGUCCCUGCUGGUUCCGAGACGUCUGAGAAUAUUCAUUCAAACACACAUUCUACGUCCUCGAACGUUGCCGUCGUCAACCCUCGACCACCGAUAGACGACGUUCCUCCGCCAGAGUAUCGUAGCCCAGGCCACUCGCCGCCGUGCGGCCAGUCUGAUGCAUCCGAGGCACCACCCAUCCCCAGCUACGAUGCCGCCGUGCGUGAAUCCAGGGAACGAGACAGACUGCAAGAUUGA